GAAAAUUUUUAACUUAAGGCUUCUUAUUUUUUCAAAAGUUUUAAAUUAUCUAAAUUAAAGUAUUAAAUUUUAUGAAGGAUUUUAAAUUACAAUGAGUGGAUACCCUAACAACAGUGGUUACUUUGAAAGGUUGCUUAAAUACGCGUCUGUCGCUGGUAUAUCUAGGGAUAUUGUUAACUUUAAAAAGAUGUGCCGAUUAUGUAUGUUCGAAAGCGAAGAUCAAGAUAAUUUAGAUUCCUUUAUACAAGUUGAUAUGGCUGAUACCAUUGGAACUCAAUUUAGCAAUAAACAAUCAAUUUCAUUUAUUUUAAAAAAUGUGAUAGGUCUCCCUAUAAGUACUUUUAGAGACAGAGACAUGCCCCAACAAAUUUGCCGAAAAUGUAUUGUUAGAAUUGGAGAAUUAUAUGCCUUUCAAAUUCAGUGUCAUAAGAUAGAUUACUUGUAUAAAGAAUUACGACAAAUAAUGAAAUAUUAUUACUUAGAUUAUGAUGGGCAAAAUUAUUAUUCUGAGGAAAUUGAUGAAUAUGGUGAUAAUUUCGAGGUCGAAUAUUUAGAAGAUAAUGUACAAGCUUACGAGGUUGUUGAAACUUUAGAUCAAUACGAAAAUGAAUCAAAUGCUGCCGGAAGUAGAGAGUCAUAUGAAAAAACAAAUCAAAGUGAAGAAACAAAAAGACCCUUUACUCCCGAUUUUCCUGAAAUUAUUGAAUGUUGCUUUUGUAAGCAAACUUUUGGAACAAAAAAAGCUAGAAAAAGACAUUUAAAAACAACUCAUUCUGGGAUUCAGUAUGCACCAUGCAUGUUGUGUCCGAAAAUAUUUUCGACCCGGUCCAGUUGCUCACGACAUAUGUUAAAAUUUCAUGGCGAAAAUACAAGAAAAGUAUGCCAAAUAUGUUUCAAAGUUAAACUUAAUAGAGAAGAAAUGAAGGUGCACUUAGAAACUCAUAAAAAAAAACCAAACCUGCAAGUUGUUGAAAACAAGGACCCUCUUGAAAUUAAAAAUGAUAAAGUAAAUACAGAAAAUAAAAUUGAUAUUACGGAUAAAGUUGAUUCUAUCGAAGAAGCCUUAGCAAAUAUUUUAGAUACAAGUACUGGAGAUCAAGAUCAUGACAACGGUGAAAGUGAAAAUUUUACUGAACUAUCUGAUAAAGCAUACCGAUGUCCUAAUUUAGAAUGUCGCAAUAAUUUUAAAACUAACGUAACAUUUUUAAAUAAUACCAAUGAAGGUGGCCUUUUAGCAGAAUGUCUUAAUUGUCAUCUCCAAUAUCCAAUAAAAACAUGUGAACUCGAUUUAGAACCUGAUGCAUUUGUUUCAUCGAUAGAAAUAAAUGAUGACAAGGCUUUCCAAAAAAAUUUCAUUGAAUUAACGGCAACCAUCGAUAGAGAAAAAGAUGACACACAAAAUGAGUCUUAGCCUUAAGUAACCGAUAUCUAGCAUUUUUAUUUUAAACAUUUUUUUUUUUCAAAUUGUAUAGUUCUUAAGCUUAACUUAAAAAUAAAAAAACUAGCAAAAUGUUUGAAAAUAACAAAGAAAAUAAAUGUCUUUUAUAACCAUCAUUCAUACAAUUUAAGAUGACCCAAGAAACAUCUGCUUUGCAUUCCGAAUUUUUGUUUGGAAUUUAUAAUGAAAAUUUGAAGGUAUCCCUAAAGAGUUCCCAGUUUCAAAUUCGAAUGUUUUUUUUUCACCUAUGCAACUCCAACAAAUAU